AUGGAAUCAGGUCCCGGCAUUCGAUCGCUGGUGCCGUGUUUUGACGAACCGUUCUUUAAAGCAAAAUGGCAGCUUAAAGUGAAACACGCUGCCGAUAUGAAGGUUUUAACAAAUACAAUUCAUACGGAUAUUCUCAUUGAACGUAACGAAACUGAGCCAGGUUGGGCAAUAACUUCAUUCGGUGAAACGCCGCUGAUGUCCAGUUAUCUUUUGGCGUUAUCAAUUGGUCAUUACGAUUCAAUGCAGAAGAUCUCGAAAACUGGCGUUCUAGUUCGUGCGUGGUCUUGGACUGGCAUGGAGACAUACGCUGAGAUGGGUCUGAACGUGAGUGACACCAAUCCUUUUCAUAUAGUUAUAAAAUUUAUCAAGGCUUAA